CGGUGCGUUUUGGGCGCUGCCAUAUCGGUAUCAAGUAUCAACCCCUGUUAUCAGGGACACAACUCUUCUCACUCUCAUCCUCAAUCUCUCCUCCAUACAUUCCUAUCCUCCUUCCACCACAUCGCCGCCGCGGCUCUGCAACUCCUUGGCCUCACUCUGCUACGUCGCACCGCCGCCUCGCUGGGCUCCUCUGCUUCUUUGCCCGCCGCUGCUUUGUCGUGCUCCUCUGCUGCUCGUGCCGCCUCUAAUCCCUAAUCUGCAGGGUGGUGGGCUUAUCAGGUAGGCUGCUAGUGCGUGAUGGUGGUGCUUCGUAACACAUUCUUUCUACUGUCCAAACACCGAACCGAAUCUCCGUCUUAUUUAUUAUAACUUAUUGUUGGUAUUUCAUCCCCUGCUACCAACAGAGAUUUUCGUUUUCUCUUCUCAUCGGGGAUAAGCUCUAAUUUGUUAUGUUGAAAUCACUGAGGUGGUCGUCUGAUUCACAUUUGUAAUUUUUGGUGAUGUUCAACAAAGGUGUGUCUGAGUGUCCCCUUGAGGGGCAUCCAAUCAAGAAUCAUAGAAUCUGUACACCUUCAAUAUCAUCCACAGAAUCUGUACAGCUUAAAGGUCCACUAUUAAGUUUCCCACCUAAUACGAAGUCGAUCUUUCUUUUUACCUUCUUCUAAACCCACUUUCAGUUCUUGACCAAACACAACCUUAAGACCCCAUGGUUCCCCUGAAGCCUUACCACCAUUUCUCUAGCCUCUCCAUUUCCAUAGCUCCCACUUUCUGUCUCCAGCCUCACUUUUCCUCUCCUCCAGUUUCCUUCAACUACCGAUUUCAUGCACCAAAAUCACACUUCAAACUCAAGAAUUCAUUCUCUUUCCCCACUUCUAACUUUCUCAAGGUAUCAAGAAUUAGAGUAUCAGUUUGUACUACUGAAUAUGAAGAAGGAGAAGAAAAUAAACCUUCAACAGAGCUUAUGGACUUGUCGCCAAAUGGCCCAGUGUACCAGAAAACACUUCAAUUGGUUGAGUGCUCCAUGUUUGCUGCACUUACUGGUUUAGUUUACUUCUUGAGCAACUCUCUUGCUAUUGAGAAUUACUUUAGUUGUUUCUUCUCGUUGCCUAUAGUGAUUUCCUCAAUGAGAUGGGGUAUUGAUGCUGGAAGGAAAACACUGGUGGCAACAACUGUACUUUUGUUUGUCUUGUCUGGUCCAGUCAAAGCUCUAACUUAUCUGCUUAAGCAUGGCAUUGUUGGUUACACAAUGGGUAUUUUGUGGAGGUCUGGAGCAAGUUGGAACCUUUCAAUUUUCUUGUGCACAAUUGUACGAUCACUAGGAGCUGUUGGCUUUGUCUUAAUUUCAUCUUUCUUAAUAAGGGAAAAUAUACUAGCUUUGAUCACCAUUAACAUUCAUGCUUCUCUUACAUUUCUGCUUACCGCCUCUGGUGUUAAUUCCAUUCCCUCGUUGAACAUGAUAUAUACCCUGUUUGGCAUUUUGGUUUUGAUCAAUAGUGGGUGCUUCAUGUUCUUGCUUCACCUGCUGUAUUCCGUUUUCCUCGCCAGAAUGGGGAUGAAAUCUCAACUAAGGUUACCAAGAUGGCUGGAGAGGAACCUCUGAUGCUGCAUGUAAUCAAGAGUUAGCAAAAUUAAUGUUGGAAUUGUAUUCAUUCUCCCUUUUGCUGCUUCAGAAAAGGGACAGUGCUAAGGCUGUAUAUCAUUUACGGUGUAUAAUAAUUUGACGCGCUACACAGAUGAAAGGUGAAUAUUAACAGAAAAAUUAAAAAGUAGUGUUUCUUAAUUGUUGUGGUCU